CUUGAAUUAGCGAAAACUGAGAUGAUUGACGUGAAAGAAGAAAAUGUAAGGUUAAAGAAGAUGUUAGAAAGAAUUGAAAAUGACUACAGAUCACUGCAACUACGCUUCUUUGACAUCCUCCAACAUGAACGAUCACCUUCAAUAACAAUGUCCGAGAAUAAAUCUUUGACAACUGAAACACGUAAAGAAGAAGAAGAAGAAGAACCCGAAGUUUCACUAAGCCUAGGCUUUCAAGUUCUUAACAAGCGCAAGAAGGAUGAUAACAAUAAUACUAAUAGUAGCACCUCUAGUGUAGUUAAAGAAGAUACAAAAUUAAUGAGUGAAGGACUUUCACUAGGCUUCGGACGCAAAUCUCCACCAACAAGUGAUUUAUCCGAUAAGGAAUCGGGUAAAAGCACUGAGAUCGACGAUGCAAAAGAAGAUGGUGUAGGAGAUACUUGGCGUCCAAGUAAGCUGCUGAAGACAAUGAAAGAUGGUGUAGAGGAAGACGAGCCUUCACAACCAAACAUCACCAAAAGAGCUAGGGUUUCUGUAAGAGCAAGAUGUGAUACACCUACGAUGAAUGAUGGAUGUCAAUGGAGGAAAUAUGGGCAGAAAAUCGCGAAAGGAAAUCCAUGUCCACGUGCCUACUAUCGUUGUACAGUAGCACCAUCAUGUCCAGUUAGGAAACAAGUGCAAAGGUGUUCCAAUGAUAUGUCUAUUCUAAUAACUACAUAUGAAGGAACCCACAACCACCCACUUGCAGUGGCUGCCACGGCGAUGGCUUCCACAACCUCAGCAGCAGCUUCAAUCCUUUUGUCCGGCUCAUCAACCUCGCAAGCUGGCCUUAGCUCUUCUGCUCCUUCUACAAUGAUCACCACGAAUCUCAAUGGCCUCAACUUCACCCUUUAUAACAACUCAAACACCGGACAAUUCAAUUUACCAAGCUCUUCUUCACCUACACCACCAACAAUCACCUUGGACCUCACUUGUACUCCUCCUUCACAUUUCAAUAAAACAUCACACAUCACCUCCAAUAAUUUCCUUCAAUCACCAUCUCAUUACUCUUCAAGAAGUCUAGACUUCUCUUCAGAAACAAAAACUAUAUUUCCAAUUUCUUGGAGCAAUACUAAUUCCUUAAAUUAUGGGUUGCUACCCUUGAAUAAACCUCCAAUGGGAUCCAUUAAUUUUGGAAAACCAACCCAUAAUGAACCAAUUUUAAGCCAUGCUAAAUUUUUGGAAAGGAUAAACCAAGCUACAACUUCUUCCUCCUCUUCUCAACAAUUAUUGACAGAAACAUUAACCAAAGUGCUUACUUCAGACCCAAGUUUCCAAUCUGCAGUAGCUGCUGCAAUUUCAUCGAUGGUGGGAAGUAACAACAAUAACAUUACCCAUAUAAAUCGUGCAAGUUCUGAGAGUUCGACACAAAACUUGAAAUGGGUUGAUCAAGUUCAGGGAAUUUCAACUAGUCCCUUGUCUCAUCAUCAUCAAAAUGGUAAAGGUUGCGCACCAACUUUCUUAAACCAGCCAACGUCAUCAACAUCAAAGGCUCAGUCUGCACGAAACUUUAUGUUUCUACAACCUCCAUUUCCUUUCUCCUUGUCUAAAAGCUCUUCUUCAACAAAUCUUAGAGACUAGGUUAAGUAGAUAUUGUGAUAUAUUAACUUAAGGAUUGAAACCCUUACUUGAUUCAUGAUUUUUUUGCAUUACCUAUACCUUGGAAUUAAUCAUGACUUCCACCUUUGAGAAAACGAAAAUAGGAGUUUAUAGAUAAUUUGAAUGACCGUGAUGUAAUUAACCUUUUUCCAUCUGUACGUACUGUUUGUUUUUAGUUAAUUGAUUAACAUUUUGGCUAGCUCUUUUUUAGUCUUCAAUUGAUCAAGCCUCGUUCAAUAUAUGAACUCCAUAAUCCCUAUAUCUCAAAACUGUUCAAAUAUAUG